GAAGAAAAGAAACUAAACGAAGAAAAUCUCGAUCGCUUUUACGGGUUGUGUUUAUGUCGCGCAAAUUAAACUGAAAAUCUUGCUUUUGAAUCGUUUAGUUUUGCUCCGUAAUGUUAUUCAAGUGUUAAAAGGUAAUCGUUAGUAACGGUAUUUGAUAAAAUAUUUCGAAAUCACAGCCGGAUUCGUGUGGAAAAAGUGAAUAAAUUGAACACCAACCGAUGCCAAAUCAGAGAAAGAAGCUUCAGAGUGACUUCAAUUCGCCUGCAGCAAGGAAACGGGUGUCUCUCUGCAGCAUCGCUUAUUCGUACGUGAUCAUGGAUUGCGGAUUGCGGAUGAGAGCAGAAACAGAAGAAGCAUAAAAAUUCCGACCGUUGUGUGCGUGUUUGAGUGGUUUCGAGUUGGAUUUCGAUUUUGGUUUGGGUUGGAUAAUCCUGGAAGAAAUAAUAGGAUUUUUUAAGUGCGUGGGAAGAUUCCUAAUAUUGUGAAGGAGCAAAGCAUUUGUGUUGAGUUCGAUACUGAGGGCGCGGAGUGAAACCCUCUGGCCACAAGGAGAUUGUUGAACCUGAGCAUGAACACGGCCAUCGGGGAUAAUGACAGCUUUCUAGUUAAAGACUUUCGUACAUGUGUAUGCGUGAUAAAUAGUGGAAAGGAAUGCAGCCAGGCACUUCCAUCGGAGUGUUUCACAACAGCAUUAGCCAGCAACAAUAAAUAAUUGGACGAUCGAUCGGUGGAUCACCCGUGAAAGGGGCAUAAAAAAAGUUGUACACCAAAUCCAUCCAAGUGUGGGGUGAAAUGAGUUUGGCAUCGUUACAAUUUCCCAGCGAUUCCGAUCGAUAACGGACGGAAAACUUACUAAGCCGUUUGCUUUUGUUUUAGGUUGUAGGGAUUAAUCGGAGGUAAACGGUCGCUAUGCACGGUCACAGGAGAAGAAAGAAGCGGCCCAGUUAUGGCAUUCGGACGGUGGAGGUCAACCGAGGAUACAAUGGGUUCGGAUUUACGAUUUCCGGACAGCAGCCAUGUAUUUUGUCGUGUAUUGUGGCGAAUUCCCCCGCAGAUAUGGCCGGAUUGAGAGCGGGAGACUUCCUGAUAUCGGUUAAUGGAUUGAACGUUUCGAGACUACCUCACGAAGCCGUGGUUCAGCUGAUUGGAAAUACUUGCGGAGCAAUCAAGAUGGCAAUAGCGGAGAAUUAUUACUCGGACAGUUCGGAUGAAGACAUCUUGUUUCAAGGUAGUCAACAGAGGUCACGUCCCAAAUAUCCCCACCAUAAAACAAAAUUCCACCGGACAACAACCGUAGGAAAGCAGUCGAAUGUUCCCCAGGCAGAUUUAGUGGGAACCUGUGAAAGCGCUACUGCCAUGGUGGUAAACGAUUCCCCAACGGCAUACAAUGUGAUUCAUAGCCCUAAUGCGAGCAAUAGCUGUGAUAUAUCAAACGUGAGUGCAAUGGUACGAUCGGUUCAGCUCACCCAAGAUGACGAACAACGAGCAGGACCGUCUCAGGUGCGGGAAGGACCGGAGGGAUCCCUAGAAUACAAAGCUAUCGUCGGAUACCUAGGAACGAUCGAAAUGCCCAAGCAAAUUGCGACCAGUUCCAAGUUGCAAACGGUCAGAAGCUGCAUUAGAAAAAUGAGACAGGAGAAACGUAAUCCCACCACCGUCCUCAUGACGAUUCUGCCAUCCUGCUUAAAUCUAAUUAACACAAGCAAUGCAAUAAUAGCGAAGUAUUCCUCAGUUCGUCUGAAUUACGUCAGCAGCAGCAGUGAGAAUGAUAACCGAUAUUUUGGACUUGUAACAUCUGCGAUCUACGCCGAUGGGUUGAUGUGUGAAAACUCCGAUAUUCUCAAUCAGAGGAAGGACGUGGUUAUUUCCAACAGUUGCCACGUAUUCGUCAUCGACUCGAAACUUGUGGAACAUCCCGUUCAUUUGGAGAAGGCUGAUCUAUUCAAAAUAAUCUGCACAAAAGAUCCCAUCUCGAAUCUCUGCCUGGAAUUUCCCAGUAACUCAGAGUACGUUGUCAAUCUUAUUCGUAGUAUGUACAACCUUAAGGCACCCAUUAAACCGGAUGGAGUUCCGUACGGCAAACCACCUGUGGCACGAAGUCUCAACCUAGAUCAAGCUCCACGAGGUUAUCACCGAGGAAUCAACGAUCCUCGUUUGAAUCCACGAGCCAUAGACGACCCCCACGAUCUAUUGGUUUCGAACUCUCCUCAGCCCAGUAAUCACAGCGAAAUUACAACAACAUCUAGCAACUCAGACUCCGGCAUUGGAUUCCACAACGAUUGCCGCAACAUUUCCGAUCGUAUCCUGGUUGUGGACUUCCCGGGCAUCCCAAAUCACCAGCAAAUAGCAAACGUGCGCGCCCACUUUCGGAAAUCUGUCCCUUUCGGUGCUCUGCCCAACCGUCCAACUGGAAUUAUACACGAGCUGCCCGCAAAACUAGACCCCAUACGGAAUGUUCGUUCCACACUUGGACCCGACCAAUACGCUCCGCAAAUAUUUCACGGCAAAUCCAAAUCAGCCGACUACAGCUAUCCCUCAACCUCCGGAAUCGAUCGUCUUACCGUGCGAGCUCGCCCAGACACCAAAGCUUUUGAAGCAGAUCGAUCCCCAAGCAAGGACAACGCUCUCAACAGUUUCCAUGAUCCAUGCCCACCAAAGUACGACUCCAUCUAUCCACAACUCCCUCCGCUAGACGAUGGCUGGACAUCCGGAAAGACCGUCGAUGAUAUGGGCAAUGUCGUCCAAGAACGUGCCAUUGAUGUCCCCAAACUGGAAGAAGUAUUCCUCGACCUCCAACGUUACAACAAUGACAACGUGAAAAACAGCGUUCUCGCGGCGCGAUCCUGCGACGACAUGAUCUUGUCCCUCGAGAAAGAAAUUUUCGACACCAAAGCCCCGCUCUCCAUCGACGAUCUAACUCUACUGGCCAAGAAGCCAUCCACCCCACCGGAACCGGAACACGUGUUCCUACAGCCCGCAAAACCCAUCAAACGAUCCAAAAAAGCUUGUUCCCAUAAGAAUGGCACGGGAAACAAACCAGCGGAUGACACAUCCGUCGGUUCCUCUUCAAAUCGAUCCAGCUCGCAGUUGAUGUCCUACAAACUGAGCCCGAAGGUGUUUGGACUGUCGAGGCCGCUUUCGAUGAGUUUCGAGAACGUUUCUAGCGUUUCGUCGGUGGGCGAUGGAAGCAAACAAUCCAAGGAAGGCAGUAAAGAUGAUCAGGAUGGCCAACGGCGCAGUCGACCUUCGAAACGACUCAGUGGAGGGUUCUCCGCCAUUUGGGGUAGCUUGCAAGAGCUGAGAAGUAGCUCGAAGCAACAGGACGACUCUGGUGGUGGGGGGGAUGUUAGUGAUACUGUGGUUAAUAGUGCCGAAGUGAGUGAUAAAACAAACCGGAAGCAAGAACGGAGACUAAGUGGAUAUAAAAUUCUGGAAGGGACGUACAGUGAGCCGGACUUGCGCUAUGAUGAGAACAAGCAAAUCAACCACAAUGCUUCCCCGUUUCGUCGCUGGGGUCAAUCGUCGUUGCGGUCCCGAUCGGGAGAUCAACGAACGCCCGGCUCAUCGCACCGAAGGCCCUCGUCGUUGGCCGCUUCGGAGAGUGAUGUCUACACCAAGUCCAUCGACGAUGACUACAGCUCGACCAAGAGCGGGUACAAUCCGUGCAUGGAUGCGGCCAGUACGAUAACGACGGACUCAACGCAAACGGCCGGCACGGGUAGCAACAGUGGCGGUCCCAUCGGGGUCGCAUCGUGGGGAACGUCGUUCGAGAAGCUGUUGGAAGAUGCAGCUGGACUGCACACAUUUUCAGAGUUUCUCAAGAAGGAAUUCUCCGCCGAAAAUAUCUACUUCUGGACUGCAUGUGAACGCUAUCGGCAGAUUACAGAUCGGGAAGAACGCGCCAAGGAGGCCCAGUCCAUUUUCGCCAAGCAUCUCGAGUCGGGCUGCAGUGAACCGGUAAACGUAGACUCCAUCGCGCGGAACAUAGCCAAGGAAAAUUUGCCACAGGCAGAACCCACGCUGUUUGCUGCCGCUCAGAAGCAAAUAUUCAACCUGAUGAAGUUCGAUAGCUAUCAACGGUUCAUCAAGUCAGACAUGUACAAAACGUGCCAGGAUUCAGAGACGAAGGGUCAUCCUUUGCCUUAUCCAGGGGAGCAGUUGGACCCGCUGUUGAGGACUGGUUUUGCCCUGCAAAGUGCAACCAAGUUGAAGAAGUCGUUGAGUAAUGCUGAAGAUCGGCGGAGGAAAUCGUUGCUUCCGUGGCAUCGUAAGACGCGGUGCAAGUCCAAGGAUCGUGGCGAGUCUGAUGGACGAAAAGAAAGUGGAAAAUCUUCGCUGUCCAAUGGUGGAGGGACCGGAGGUAGUAGCAACACGCUGAAGGUCUUGUCUACCAAUUCUACUAGUGAUAUUCAUAGUUCUAGGAGUUCCUUAGCUAGCUUUGACGCCGCCAUCGGCAAGUCGUACGAUCAGGACGAUACCCGUAACACUUUGUGCCGUGUGAUAUUGUCGAAUGGAGCAACGACGGUAGUGCAGACGCGGUCCAACGAAACUAUCAAGGAACUAGUCGAACGAUUGUUGGAAAAGCGCGGUAUCGUGUACAAUGCGUAUGAGGCGUUCCUGGCCGGCAAUCACAAACCCUUGGAUCUGGAUGGUCCGUCUUCUAGUCUCGCCGGGAAGGAGGUGAACAUUGAUCAACGGGUUGUGUUCAAGUUGAGCCUUCCGAACCGAAAGAUGAUUUCCGUCAAAAGCAAAGCCACCAAGCCGCUAGGAGACGUUCUUCGACCCAUACUGUUGAAGUACAACUACGAGUUAGAUCAGAUGAACGUCUACUCCAAGGAUGCUUAUCUCGACAUGACGUACCCGGUUACGAGCGUGGAUGGACUGUGGUUGCAGGUUCGUAAUGGAAACGAAAGUGAAUUUCAUCAGGACCUUACCCGAACCAUUGCUUCGCGGUCCGAAAGGGCUUACGCAAAUCAGGUACCCCCACUUCCCAUUAUUGCUACCUCCCAGCACCAGCAGAUCAUUAAUCACUUCCAGCAGCAAUUGCAUCAACAAGCACACGCCCAGCAGCACAGCUUUGCAAUGCCGUCCUCCAAUGGAACGGCUUCCAAUUACAUUACAAAAAAGUCGCAAAACAUGUACAGUAAUUAUUCUUAUAACAAUAACAACAAUAACUUCCAGUUGAAGAACAAGGAAGACUUCAAAGAUGAUAACAAACAGGAAACGAACAUGCUUGAUGAAAUUACCAACAAGGUAUUCAACGAGUUAAUGAACGGAAAGAUUGCCAACGCAAAAACUCCAGAUGACUGCACAUCGGAUAGCUCUUCGACUCGAAGGGAUCGUUUCCGGAGGCGGGGAUCGAACGCGCCAUCGGAGAGCGGUCGAGGAGCUAAAAGCAAGAAAUGCUCAACGGCUGGAUCGGAGGAUGGGGGAGAAAGUGUGAACAAUGUAGGAACAAAAAAGCCCAUCAUUGCUAAAUUGAAGGCUGGAGUAAAGUUGCAGAUGCCAACGCGAUCGCAGAAUGACGAACUUCUGGAAGGCUUGAAGCGUGCGCAGCGAUCUCGGUUGGAGGAUCAAAGAGGAACUGAAAUCAAUUUUGAGCUGCCGGAUUUCCUGAAGGAUAAGGAAAAUUUCACAACCAGUGGUGGUCAAUCGGCAACGACAACAACAUCUGCGACGACGUCAACGUCCGCCGGGGGACCUGUACAUGCAACGAAACUAACGCGGAAGCCUGGUGUUAAGCGGCCGGAAUACACCACUAGUUCGUCCGUUGAAUUCCCACUAGGCUCGAGCACGAACGGAGGAUCGCUGCAGCAAAUCAAUCGGCCACAACCGGCUCCACGAUUGUCCAUCACCAGCACCAGAGGGCUUGGCAGUGGGAGCAAUCCAACAUCUCCCAGCGCGGUCCCGGUGCAUUCGGCUUCCAGUGAAAGCAAUUUGAACAAUCUGUCACUGCGAUGCAAUGCCUCGCCCCUGAUGUUGGACGACAAUGGAAACGGAUCGCAAUCGGAGAACAGUUAUGCAGACACAACUAUGAUAUUCACGCACGGUCCGGGCAAUGCAUGUACCUCUCCUGAAUCAUCGCCUUCGGCCCGCUCUUCCCACCAACGGGGGUCAAAUUUUCAUCUUAGUACCGGUGAAAGUUACGACCCUUCGCAGCCCAGCAAUGGAUGCAGUUCCACAGAACUGCAGGACGCAAAUCCCUCGGGCAAUUAUCAUUCGUAUCACCAUCAUCACCACCACCAUCACCAUCAUCACACUACUGGGGGCAUGGCUCAUCAUCUUCAGCAGCAGCAGCAACAGCACCACCAUCAUCUUACUGCGAGUACCAGCAGUGGCAGCUCAAGCAGCACUAAUAGCAGCAAUACGGGCACCAGUACCAGCAGCAGUAGCAGCAGCGAUGCGGACAACCAGAAAGGGCCACCACCUUUGCCACCGAAGCCAAAAAUUCUUCCCAUCAAACCGUCCAACUGGGGCCACGCGCCACCAGGAUCUAACAGUAGUAACUCUGGCACAGCUGGCAACAGUAUGAGUACCAGUUUAUGUAACUUAUCCACUAGCUCAAAUGGGAACGGUAUUAGCGGUAACAGUACUAGUAGUCAAAACGGUGUAAGUAACGGUAAUAGUAACGGCAGUGGUAAAGACAGGCGGUCGUCUGGUCAGCAGGGGGGCUCGCUGGAACGGCAUUCCCAGCCGCAACAACAAAAGCAGCAGCCACAACAGUCACAGGCGAGAAGCGUUUUUCUUGACCAUGCAACAAGCAGCUUCGUGUAAAAAAGGAAUGAGAUAUGCUAGGAUGUAUAAUGGUUGAUUAACUAA